AUGUUCUCCAAGCUCCCCUCGGCCGCUCUGGUCGCUGUCGCCGCCUCGGGCCUCGUUUCUGCCCAGACCUCUACCGCAUGCAACCCUCUUCAGAAGACCUGCCCUGUCGAUCCCGCCUUUGGAAAGGAGGUCAAAUGCGACUUUACAAAGGGCGAGUGCGGCGCCUUCCAGGCCGCCCAAGCCACCACCAUCAAGUACAACGACCAGGGCGCCGUCUUCACCAUCAACUCCGAGGGUGAUGCUCCCACAAUCCACACGGGCAAGUACAUCUUCUUCGGCGAGAUCGAGGUCGAGGUCCAGGCCGCCCCGGGCCAGGGCAUCGUCACCAGCGCCGUUCUCCAGUCCGACGACCUCGACGAGAUCGACCUCGAGUGGAUCGGAAGUGACCCCGGCCAGUUCCAGUCCAACUACUUCAGCAAGGGCGACACCAGCACCUAUGAUCGCGGAGCGUACCACCCCGUAGCCAACGCCGUGGCCAAGUCGCACACGUACGGCAUCAAGUGGACCUCGGACGCCAUCACAUGGUCUGUCGACAACAACACGCCCAUGCAGGUCAAGCUCGGCACCUGGGUCGCCGGCGGCGAAAAGGCCAGCCCCGGCACCGUCGAGUGGGCCGGCGGCCGCACCGACUUCAACAAGAAGCCCUUUGUCGGCAUCUACAAGAGCAUCAAGAUUGUCGACUACGCCGGCGGAAACCAGCCGGCCAAUGGCGCCAUCAAGGAGUACACCUACGGCGACCACACGGGCUCGGCCAAGAGCAUCCAGGUGGUCCGGGGCCAGAGCGACAGCAAGCAGGUCAACGGUGAGAACGGCCUCGAGGGCGGCGAGGGCCAGGCCAAUGGCAGCAGCAGCCACAACGAGAACAAGUCGCUCAUCGAGGCCGAGUCGUCCAGCACCGACGACUUGUCUGCCACCCGCGCCCCUUCUGGCACCUCGGGCCGCCCCCUCCAGACCGGCACCAGCGGCGGCGACGACGAAGGCGACGACCGGGGCCAGCAGCCCCAGACCACCUUGGCGACAGUCACCGGCGCUUCUAACUCGACCGCCACGUCUCUUCCCUCGAGCGGCUCCAAAGGCUCCAGCACUUCGGUCCCCACGUCUGCUGCCGGCCUCGCCCGUCGCGACGUUACCUCGUUUGGCGCCGUCGCCGUCGCCGCUCUCGUCAUGGCCCAGCUUCUCCUGUAA